CGAAAACAAAACUAAACGAAAAAAACAUGGCUGGACCUUUUAUAUCGCCUCUACCGGGUGAUCUGCUAACGGAAUAUAUGUUUGGUCGACGAAGACAGCGAAGAAAUCGCACGACAUUCACUCCACAGCAAUUACAGGAACUGGAGGCUCUCUUUCAAAAAACCCAUUAUCCUGAUGUCUUUUUGCGCGAGGAAGUGGCCCUGCGGAUUAGUUUGAGUGAAGCACGCGUUCAGGUCUGGUUUCAGAAUCGCCGGGCCAAAUGGCGUAAACAAGCACGUCUCCAGCUUUUGCAAGAUGCCUGGCGUAUGCGCUGCCUCAGCCUGGGUACACCGCCAGUUAUAGCUGGCGGAACCGGAGCUGGAACUCCAUCGGGAGGUAACACAAAUGGCACUGGCCCCAAUCGAAAUCAAACGGCAGAGAAUUUGAGCUCAGCCAAGGAUGAUUUGGUCAAUGGAGCAACAACGCCAAAUGGUGCCAAUUUCACUAUGAUGCAUCCAGCGUUCCAACAGCAUCAGCAGCAGCAACAACAACAGCAGCAGCAACAACAAGCCCUAACACAUCCGCAACAUGAUAAUAAACAGCUCGCGAAAACCUAUACGGAACUGAAAUUGUACAAGGAGUCAACUCAUGGAUUAGAUUUGGGCAGCAUGGCCGCCUUGUCGCCUGCCUCCGAUGAUGGUUCAGAUGAUGGUGGCGAUGUCUCCGAUGGUUCAGAGGAAAUUGAUUUAACUUCUGGUGCCUGCAUUGAUUUCUCACAGAGCAGCAAAUUGCAGCAACAAAAUCAACAGACAGCUGCCUCUGUGGCAUCAUCAGUGGCAACGGUGGCAUCUACCGCAUCUGCCGCGACGAAUGGUGUGCACUAGAAUGGGAUGGGUAAUGGAGGUGCAUCGGAUCUAUUUAAUGCAAUUUAUUUUGUUUAGCAAUAAAGCUAAAAAAAAAAAACAACAAAACCAAAAACAAACCAUGUGAUAUGUCUUAAAAUAAAACAGCGGUGAGUAUGGUAAGCCAACACCUGAUGCUCAAA